AUGGGUUUCGGAGCAUCAGAUGGCAAUACCUUCUUCACUAGCUGGGCCCUGUGGCAGAAGAUGACUUUUGCUGUCACUAUCUUCUGUGGUUUCAUCAAGCUCUUCUACGAUAGGAGAAGACUGCGCAAGUACACCAAGGUCGACAAGGGCAAGCGCGCACAAUCUCCUGAAAUGCUCGAGGCCCAGCCUGUUACCCAAGUCAGUACAGAAACAAAAGACGAGAUUCCCUUUGGUAUCCGCGCCAUUCAAAGCGGUAUCGAAGUAGACGGCGUAUGGAUUUCCCGAUCCAACACCCCCGUUGCCAGCAGCCGAGCCUCUUUGUACAGCGAAAAGAUACCUCGCGCCGGUUUCAACAACUCUCAGCUUGAGCUCCCUCAACCAGUAGCCCAAGGUUCAAGUCGCAACAGUUCUGUCGCCCCUAGCUCCUUCGACCGCGCCGUCUCCGCCGAGCCGCUCUCCAACCACCAGUCUCGCUCAUCCUCUCCUGCUGCUCGCGCCCAGGCCCAGGACGCUCCACGAUGCAGCAACUGCCACCACAGCGUAUCUCCCACUACCAUUUCACCUUCUACCGGGACGUCGACUGAUCCUUCGCCAACGCGCCUCACCCAUCAACACAAGACCAGCCAGUCCUCGAAAGAGUCAAGCCGCCGCACCAGUGAUGAAUCCGACUACAUGGCCAUUGGGCAAGACGUCCGCGCAUACGAGACGGCAUACUUCCGCCCCAACUCACACCAAGCGCCCAUUGACCCCAAGACCGACCUCGAACUCCUCCGAAGCCAUCGUCUCUCUCACGUCGCCGAAACUGGACAGCUCACUCCUCGUGUGCGGAAGCCAGGUAAUAGCGGAGAGUGGGCCAGCGUUGCGGACAACCAUGUUUCUACCGUCAACGGUGUUAACUAUUUUAUGCCCCAGAAGACACCCUCGCCUCCGCUCCGCCGCACUGCUACCGACCCAGAAGAAGCGCCCGUAACUAUGUCUGCCGGUCCGAGUCAUGACGGUCACGCAUCGAAUCAGGCCAGGCAAGCGAUUCCCUUGACUGAGUCGUAUGCGCCAAACGCUCCAUUCUACCCCGACACGUACGAGCCUCGCGGCCCGCAACAUCAGUACAGCUACGAUCAAGUACCAUACGAGGUCACCACCGAGCAGAAUCAGGACCGCAACGAUCCCGUCAUCCGGAAGGUCAACUCCGGUUUCGAGAUCCUGCGCCCAGGCACUUUCCAGCCCCCCACACCCGAGGAGUUGGAGCGCGCCGAGCGGAGAACAUCAAAGAAGCUCCAAAAGAAGCGGAGAGAAUCCAAUGCCUCGCGCAAAUCCGCUUUCACCGAGCAAGUCUAAAUCCCUUGCUGCAAUGGCACCACGCCACGUCAUCCGCUUCACGUUUCGCGUUACUGGAUUCUCGCCUACACGUCGCGGCCACCCCUCGCGGCGGGCUCCGUACCACCACGACUCCGUGCCGGCACCAACCACUGCAUUAAAGUUUAUUACAG